AUGUCGGCAGGAGCAGGUGAUAGGGCAUAUUCCUUCUCGCUCACAACCUUCUCGCCAUCAGGUAAGCUAGUGCAGAUCGAACAUGCGCUCGCAGCUGUCUCACAGGGAGCUACGUCUCUCGGCAUCAAGGCGUCCAAUGCAAUUGUGAUUGCCACCGAGAAGCGUGCGCCUUCGCCGUUGGUGGACGACUCGGCGCUAGAGCGCAUCUCGAUCAUCUGCCCCAACAUCGGCAUGGUGUAUUCCGGGAUGGGGCCCGAUUUCCGGGUGCUCGUCUCUGCUGCGCGAAAAGCAGCACAAACCUACUGGAAGACAUUUGGCGAAUAUCCUCCCGUCCGUGUCCUCGUCCAGGAAAUCGCGACGCUGAUGCAACAAGCUACGCAACGUGGAGGCGUGCGUCCGUUCGGCGUCUCCCUGCUCGUCGCCGGCUUCGACAGCGCGCGUGGUCCGAGCCUGUAUCAAGUGGAUCCAAGCGGCAGUUACUUUAUGUGGAAAGCAAGCGCCAUCGGAAAAAACAUGCAGAACGCCAAAACCUUCCUGGAAAAACGCUACAACAACGACAUCUCGCAGGAAGACGCCAUCCACACUGCGCUCCUAACGCUCAAGGAGGGCUUCGAGGGUCAAAUGACCGAAAAGACCAUCGAGAUCGGCGUCAUCAGUGAUACUUUGACCAAAAAAUUGGGCAAUGGCGACCACGGCGAUCCAAUCCCCGUAUUCAGGAAGUUGAGCGAGGCCGAGAUCAAGGAUUACCUCGCAUUGUAG